UGGUGCCAAUAUUUACGUUUAAAAACCAAAAAUAAAAGGACCUUAUUUUGUUUUGGAAAAACACUAGAACGGAAUUCUAACAAGGACUACAAUUUCGCAUUUUGAAAGUUUUUGAAGGGAAGAACAAUUUCUUUCCCCAGUGGAAGGUUGGAAGAAGAGGAAAAGAAUAAUUUGGCAUUUUCGUUUGUGUAAUUAGCCAUAAUAAAAUUGGAUUGGCGCCAACUAAACGUCGCUGUUCUUCACAUCAACCAAAGAAUUGAUGCCAAGAACCAAAGCACGAGGAUGAAAAUAACUGGAAUCGAAAACAGUUCACCGCAUCAGCAUGGCGCUUCAAUUAACAUCUUUGAAUUCAGUUCGCCAUUCAAGAAAAUUAGGAGAACCUGUGAGGCUUAUUUUGUCCCACGCAUUCGAACCGCACCAGUACUCUGUUUACUCAAAACUUCUUCAGCUUUGCACCGACUUAAAGUCCAAAAGAUCUGGCGAAAUGAUUCAUAGCCGAAUUAUUACUGAUGGGUUUCCCACAAACACAUCUUUGAACACCAGAUUGAUCAUAUUUUACUCCCACAUUGGAGAAAUGCGAACUGCGCAUAAGUUGUUCGAUCGAGUGUCGGAGAGAAGUGUGGUCACUUGGACCGCUUUGAUAUCUGGGUAUUCUCAGAACGGGAAUCAUGAGGAAGCUUUGAGAGUUUUCUCGGCUAUGCACGGUGAAGGCAUGAAAGCUAAUCAGUUCACUUAUGGGAGUGCGUUGAGAGCGUGCACACGCUUGCUGUGCUUGGAGUGGGGCAAGCAGAUACAAGGGCGGGUGCAGAAGGCCAGGUUUGUGGACAACUUGUUCGUACAGUGUGCGUUGGUUGAUUUUCAUUCGAAGUGUGGGAAGAUGGAGGAUGCUUGCAACGUCUUUGAGGCCAUGGAGACAAGAGACUUGGUCUCCUGGAAUGCAAUCAUUGGAGGAUAUGCUGCUCAGGGGCUAAGCGACAAUGCAAUUUCAAUGUUUCGUUUGAUGCUCAGAGAAGGCAUGGCCCCUGACAGUUUCAGCUUUGGAAGUCUUCUGAGAGCCUCCGUUGGAGACAAUGGGUUCGCCAAAGUGAGAAUUGUUCAUGGAUGUAUAUUUCAAUUUGGUUUUGGCUCUAACAAGUUUCUGAGUGGAUCUUUAAUUGAUGCCUAUGUAAAAAGCGGAAGUGUGGCUUGCGCGAAUCAGGUAUACAACAAUAUGCAGAACAAAGAUGUGGUAUCAUGUACUUCAUUGAUCAGAGGUUAUGCUUGUGAAGGUACAAAUUGCACUGCAGCCCUUCAACUCUUCAAUGAAGUACAAAGGAAUGUGGCAGUUGAUGGUAUGCUAUUAUGUUCCAUGUUCAAUAUAUGUGCCAAGACAGCAUCGUUGAGUCUGGGGAGACAGUUACAUGCGAAUGCACUGAAAUAUCACAACCAGCAUGAUGUAGCCAUUGGGAAUGCUCUGAUUGAUAUGUACUCAAAAUCGGGAGUAAUUGAAGAUGCUAAGCACGUUUUUUAUGAAAUGGAGGAGAAAAAUAUUAUUUCAUGGACGUCACUAAUCACGUGCUACGGAAAGCAUGGGUAUGGGCAUGAAGCAGUUGCACUCUACGUAAAGAUGGAAGAUGAAGGGGUGAAACCAAAUGAUGUAACUUUUUUGUCUCUUCUCUUUGCUUGUAGCCAUAGUGGUUUGACUACACAAGGGUGGGAAUAUGUUAGCAAUAUGGUUAGCAAACACAAUGUUUUGCCAAGAGCAGAACAUUAUUCCUGUUUGGUGGACCUUCUUGCACGUGCAGGUCAAUUUGAAGAAGCUUAUGACUUGGUAUGCAAAAUACCCACAGAUUUUGAUCCCUCUGUUCUGCGUGCAAUGCUCGGAGCAUGCAGCACCCAUGGAAAUCUGAAUCUUGCACAAAUAGUUGCAAGACGUCUAUUCAACUUGGAGCCUGAGAAUCCAGCUAACUAUGUGGUUCUAUCAGGUAUUUAUGCCGCAGCCGGCUUGUGGAACCAUGCAAGGGAGACAAGGAUGUUGAUGGAAAAGAAAAUCACUAUGAAGAAUCCUGGUUACAGCUUAUUAUCCGAAUCAACAAGAAUGGAGCACUUUCGCCAAUAAGCUGACAUGACAAAGAAGUAGGCGGUUUUCUAAAUGUGUGUGUGAUUGUUAGAAGACUUUAGGUCGUAGGAUGAACAUACGGACUCUUUUUUUGAAAUUUAUAUGCCAGCAGCAAUAAAAUGGGGGUCUUGUUGUUAA